GCAAACUAGUUUUAAAGUUUGUUUAUUUGUGUGAUCAACUUAUUAACUGAAGGACACAUUAGUAAAUAUCAAAUAUUUUCAACAUUUUAAUCUAAUAACAAUUCAAAGUUGUUCAUUUAUAAGAAAUUUAUAACAAUUGUCUUUGUAGAUGCGCGCGAUCAAUUUAUUAAUUGAAUGAAAUAAUUGAUACGAAUAUUAAAAAAAAUGGUUGAAUAAUUUAUUUGAAGAAAAUCAAUAUAUAAAUGGCUAGCUGCUAAGGUCGGCAUAUUUGACUUGCAUUCUUGGAAUUAGGAUUAUUGUUUUGUUUUUGGAGAUCCUAGGGAUCAAAUAGAAGGAAAGCAUUCUGGGCGCUUAUGAACACGUACAUUGAAAAACAUAGAGAAAUCAGUAUUCAUAGAGCUUUACUUUGGUUAGAUCAUGUAGCCUGUCAGACAGUGACAUCUACAAUGAAUGCUUAGGGAAGCAAAUUAAAACGAAGCUACCUCAUCAGCCUUGGCAUACCUAAUCGUACCUGCUUUAGUUGUUUCUUACCCUUGCGUCCAUGGAGAAAAUCCAGAUUUGCUUUGGCGUGCUAAUUCAAUAUUAAAAUUAAUAUACCUUGCAUUACUUUUCCUCGCCUCUUAAUCUGAUGCUAUUUGAGCUGAAAUUAGAGCUAUACAAAAUCCCAGUUAUAGCUGUUAACAGGGUGAACCAAAAACGUACGUACUGCAGGAGAAAUUAAAGAGGGAAGAUUCUCAGGUCAAUCAUGAAGGCAGAAGCAGUUGAAUCAGGUGAAGCAUCCACGAUCAUUGCAGCUCCAAAACGAGGGAUUAAUAGAGGGAUCUCAAUAGCAGACCUCAUUUUAAGAGGUGUAGCGGCUAUUGGGACUUUUGCAAGUGCUUUGACCAUGGGAACUACUUCUGAAACACUUACAAUUUUCACACAACCCAUCAUGAUCAGGGCUAAAUAUAAUGAUCUCCCCUCCCUAACGUUUUUUGUGAUUGCAAAUUCUAUUGUAUGUGGGUAUCUUGUUCUUUCCAUCCCCCUAUCUAUCUCCCACUUCAUCAGGAGAGAAGCAAGAAUCACCAGGAUUAUCUUGGUCAUCUUUGAUACGGCAAUGGUGGAACUUCUCACUGCUGGGGCUGCAGCUGCAACAGUCGUUGUAUACUUGGCACACAAGAGGAAUGCUAAUUGGCUGGCAAUCUGUCAACAAUUCAAUAAUUUCUGUGAGCGAAUAUCUGGAUCUUUAAUAGGCUCUUUUGCCUCAAUAAUUAUGAUUAUGCUGAUAAUCAUCACGUCAGCCGUGGCUCUUUCGCGGCACUAAUGAAUUAUAUAUGCGAUGCAUGUAUCCGUGUACUGUCAUUAAUUCUCUGUUCUUAGAGCAUAUGUAUCUAUAUAUUUCUUAAUUAGUAUAUUAUAAGAUGUUGUCACUGAAAA